GUGUUUCUCACGGGUCGGGUUCUUGCAAAUCCGAGACCCGAACCCGAUACUACUGAUCCGAAACUUGAGGGCAACCCGAACCCGAAGAACCCGAAACCCGUUUGCAAGGAUCCGAACCCGAACUGGCGGAUCAAAUCCGAAACCCGAACCCGAAAAACCGAAUAUAUUUUAACUUUAAGGGGUGACUGGCUUUUUAGCCUAAAGGUUUCAAACAAACAAUACUUCUGUAAAUAUGACCGAGGAAUUAUAAUUAAGCACAUUUCUGCAUAAGUACAUAACGCAUUUUAAAAUGUGAAUCUUAAUUCCUCGACCAUAAUAAUGCAAUCUCAAAAAAUCGACCAUGGAUAAUGGCUUUCCGUGACAUUCAGAAAUUUUUAAAUCAGUUGAAAACUGAAAAUGAUUUUCAGUUUCAAGUUUCCAAUAUUAAAGUAAGCUCAAGCUAACUAUUUAGCAAAUUUUUGAUAAAAAAAUAUAUUUUAUUUCAAUAUUCAAACCAUAACACUAAUUGAAGACACUUGUGAAAAGAAGUUACGACAAUUAAAAAUUUGAAUUAUUUAAUGAAUUACUGCAGCAUAACCGUCGUAGCAAGUGUGGUUAACACUUUAUUUUCUUUUUUAAUGUUUUCGUAUUCGUUGUGGCAAAAAGUUCUUGUUGGUUCGGGUUUCGGGUUCUUAGUCGGAACCCGAACCCGAACCCGAACCCGAAAGUUUCGGGUUCUGAAAUUUCGUAUCCGAAGCAGGACCCAAACCCGAUCCGAACCCGAAACCCGAAGUAAGAACCCGAACCCGUGAGAAACACUCGAUCAAAAAACAUUUAGACCAAUGAGUGGUACCCUGGACACGAUUAUCACCUCGAAAGUAUCCCUUGUUAGCUAACUUUUAAUUUCAAGUUCUUUGAUGAGAAGCCACUAAUUGUAAGUAUUACCGUGCCGGAUUUCAUGUUUUUAACGCAAUUUCUAAAAAUAGAUAUGGAUCACCUCUCUCCCAAAUUUCACUUCGAUAUGACGAUUUUGAAAAAUCAGUAUGGGUCACCCCAUAGGGUCCAUCGAGAUUAAAAUUGUUCCAACCUAAAUUCAGUUUUUUCUGUUACAAUCCACUAGCAACCUUUGUUCCAAAUUUCAACUACGUACUACAAAUUUUAGAAAUCCGUCGGGUCACCCUAUCGGGUCUCCCAGGUUUAAAAUUUCUGAAACUCCAUUCCAAUUUAAACGCUUUGAGGUCAGUCGCAAUCUUCAUACUAAAAUUACUGAAAAUUAUUACUAUAGAUAUUUUUCAAGCUACAAAUAUUUUACUUGCACUUAAAUAAUUUAACCUGCUCUAAAGGUUCUUGGUAGUUAAGGGCAACGCAUUUGGAUAGUAAUGACCCCCACCGGCCAACUACUUGGCCGAUCAUGCCCAUCUCCGAACUCAUCCUUACUUUUGACCCGAAGAUGAAGUGUGCAAAAUUUCAAGUCGAUAGCUUUUGUUUAAAGAGAGUUAUCGUGCGCACAGACGGACGCACAGACGGACGGACAGACAGACAUCUUGGUAAAUCUAUAAGGCCAUCUUAAAAGGCCUAAAACUAUGACACAAGUAGAUAAAACUAUAUACUUAACCUAAAAAAUAUCUAAUGGACUCAAUACUGUGUUCGCUUGCACGAUUGCUUGACAUUUAGUAUCUUGUUUUGUGCUCAAAAUAAAAUAAUUCGCAAAUAAUAUGCGUGGGUCGAUCCGUGUCUACUUUGACUAUAUAGAAAGAAAGAACUUAAAAUGCUAUCCACAAACAUACCGCUGAGGUGCAACAAGGGUAGGCCUCAAGUAAAACCAUAUUUUCAGUACCCGAUCGGGAAGAGUCCCGGCGACUUCGACCCCCUUCCACCAAAGGAAGUUUCAUUCCUGCCAAGUCCGUUUUACAUUUUUACUACAUUUUUUAAAAAUAUUCAACGUGAUAUAAAAUGCAAAUACGUACGUAUAGAAAACUCUUUGGCCUAUUGGAUCCUACUUGAAAUUCUGCCUGUGGUAAUGGGCGUCAUAAUUUUCUCCUUCUUUCUAAUCUCCUCCAGUUUCAUUUUGUAUGGCGUCGUUCGUGGUUUCUACACCGAUCGCAUGCUGCCAAGAAAAAGAAAGAUAUUGAAGAAAUUGGGAAAGUUACCAGAGGAAAGGCGGAGAAAGCAUUUCCGUCGAAGUAAAAGAAAACACGCAAGCAACCACGAUAAGGGUCAAACUGGGUUAAAAACUCAGGCUCCUUCCGACCGAGCUAACGUAGGAUUUUUAACCGCUGACAACCUUUCCAGCAAAGGGGACGUGUCAGGAGGAGAGUCAGAUGAACUGGUCCGACAAGUGAUAUCCUUCUCCACCCCUCCACUCACCAUUGGCAAAAAUCCACAGCUCCCAACUGUUCCAAAACCAUUAGAAAUUCCUGGCCGUCCUUUUCCUGUGCUUCCAGACGCCCCGCUGAGGUCAAGACACGCAGCAACGUCACCGAUACCAAAGGAAAAAAGAGCAAAGCCACCGCCAAUUGAUCACAUAACAACCGCAGCUGAAGCUUCUCAAAGCCUCACAAACCCUCAAAACGACCCACUUCCUACUUUCACCCUCAUUACGCCUUCAAACAAGAGGGGAAACUUAGUGGUCAACGAACCAGGCGAUCUCGAAAGCGGCAAUGAACAAGGAGGGAUCCAGUCUGGCGCAAAGGACAAGAACAAGACACAUCCGCACACGCAUUUGCAAGGUCAUGGUGAAGGAAAGCUCGUGGGUUUGGGUGAUAAGACGGGCGUCAACAAGGUGGACGGUCGGCAGUUCCAAGCAAAACAUGGAGGAGGAGGAGUGACUUUGAGUGCGAAUGCCGAGCCAGGAGGAGGAAACGAGCUGCACCAUCAAAGGAGAAAGUCUAAAGUGAGGGGACGAGCAGAACCCCAAGUAAGAAAAACAAGCCAGUAAAGAAGAAGCAGGUCACUUGCAUGCAUAAUUUAUUGAUUGCCUUAGUCUGGCCCAACCAUCCAAUAUUGAUUAUGUGCCUAGAUGUUUAUACUGUAAAUAAAGUUUUUUUAAGUAAUAUAGUUUAAACGUUAAUAUUUUUUGUACUGUUAUCGCAUAAAGGCAUAAAUGACCUUCGUCCCCGCAUUGCAAUGACGCUCGUGUAUUAUAAUGAACAGAAUGUAUUAAUUUUGUUGCUACGGGUCCAAAUAAAAAGAACGCAGGGCUUAGAUGCAUAUCUGAACAACGGUAAUAAUUCACAUAUCACAUGUAUCUUCAAAGACGUAUAUUUUCUAGAAUUGUUCCGCAUUCGUAUUUCUCAUCAUUCGUAGCAUGUCUGUGGGGACAGCUAAGCCACGGCGUCAGUCAUUUAGGAUCUAUCCAAAUGAGGUAACUCAUUACUGUGUGUAGUAAUUCGAUGGUGGAAUACCACUGACAAAUUUAUGCUAUAUUAAUAAAAUUAAUGCAGGCGAAAUCUUCAAGAGGAUCAUUUGCUCAAUACAUCGAAGAAUCCGGAGCCAACUUUUUACUCAUCACUGCAAUUGCUGAUCUCUUCAACUUGGCACAUAAGCCGGAAAAUCCGAUCGAAUGGCUUCGUCUCUAUUUUCGACAACUUGCUUCAAAGAGGACAAAUGAGAUUCUUGAUGCUCAAGCCUUAUUGAAGAAAGAAAUCUUGAGACAAGAGUCCAUGGCUCGUGAUCCUCAAAAAUCAAAAUGUUCAUCAAAAAAUGUAUACUAAUAAUUUAUUUUUUUUUAAAUCAGUUAAUUCGCUUGAGAGUGGAUCAACGUCACCUGGAAGGCAAACUGGAGGAGUUGAAAUACGAGGCGAAUCACAUCAAUGUAAUUUCUCCGAAACCAUGUUAUGACGAAGAUUUCCGACGAUACAGAGAUUUGCCAGAUGACCCUCGUUGGAGGAUCCGACCUGACCCUGACGUCGUCGUCACAAAAGCGGACAUAUUGAUGCAAGCCCUUGAAGCUGAACGUAGGAAAUCUCGAGUUUCUCGAGUCACCAUUCACAACAUGCUGUCCGCCGGAAUGAUGCUCUUUCAAGAACCUUCCGCUCCGAACUAUCUCAUCGGCCUCUCCUCCGAAGAGUCCGACCGAGACAGCUACAAAGAUUACCCCAAGUUGUACUUUGGAAUUGAAGAGCCUGCUACCUCAGCAGCACCACAACCAGUUCCCGAAUAAUCGUAAUAAUUUUAAAUCAUUCAUUAGUAAUUGGCAGAAUAAGACGGAUUCAGCUGGCUGUGGAAUAUGCCACUGUUGUAAUUAUGUCUCCAUUAAAAAACAUGCAGCUUCAUAAUUACUGAAGUCUAGUAAUAAAUUAUAUAUAAAAUGUUGUUCAAAAAUUGUGUCAUAAUAUACCUAUGUACAUUCUGUAGGCUGAAAUACGAGUUAGUACAACAAUUAAAUUUUGCUUACUAAAGAUUAGAAAAAAUUAGAUUCAACAAAAAAUGAAUAAAAUAA